AAUCCAUUCUGGCGCUCGCGGAGCCCAGACUUCUGCAAUAAUUCCUACUAUAACGUAGGAAAUAUCUCGAAUACGAUUGGAAAGGCCAACCUCGAACAAAGUGUGGUUUUGUGUGUGAAAAUGUGUGAUCAGUGCACCCAGAGAUAAAUUGGAUGUCAGUUAUUUGUUAUGGAAUGGUAUUAACGAAAUAAAUCAGCGGGUAAAUUAAUACAAAAUGGCGGAAGCUGAGGGAGGAGCGAGCGAGCAAGAUGAUGUUUCAUUCUUACGAACGGAAGACAUGGUGUGCCUCUCAUGCACGGCCACCGGAGAGAGGGUGUGCCUGGCUGCAGAGGGUUUCGGAAACCGGCACUGCUUCUUGGAGAAUAUUGCUGAUAAGAACAUACCACCGGAUCUAUCACAAUGCGUUUUUGUUAUUGAACAGGCUUUAUCAGUAAGAGCUCUCCAAGAAUUGGUGACAGCUGCUGGCUCGGAAACCGGCAAAGAAAACUUAUUAGGUAAAGGCACAGGAUCUGGUCACAGAACAUUGCUUUAUGGUAAUGCGAUAUUGCUACGCCAUCUUAACAGUGAUAUGUACCUGGCGUGUCUGUCGACGUCAUCAUCGCAAGAUAAGUUGGCGUUCGACGUGGGUCUGCAAGAGCAUUCGCAGGGCGAAGCCUGCUGGUGGACACUCCAUCCAGCCAGCAAACAGAGAUCUGAAGGUGAAAAGGUCCGUGUCGGUGAUGAUUUAAUUCUGGUAUCAGUGGCUACUGAAAGAUACUUGCACACAACUAAAGAAAACGAGGUAUCGAUAGUAAAUGCGUCAUUCCACGUCACCCAUUGGUCCGUUCAACCGUACGGCACGGGUAUAUCCCGUAUGAAGUACGUCGGCUACGUGUUUGGUGGGGACGUGCUGCGGUUCUUCCAUGGGGGGGACGAGUGUCUCACUAUACCGAGUACUUGGAGUAAGGACGGGGGACAGAAUAUCGUGGUCUAUGAAGGCGGUUCGGUGAUGUCACAAGCCAGAUCGUUGUGGCGGCUGGAGCUCGCGCGCACCAAGUGGGCGGGCGGCUUCAUCAACUGGUACCACCCCAUGAGGAUCCGGCACAUCACUACGGGGCGUUACCUGGGGGUGAAUGACCAGAAUGAGCUGUAUUUGGUCAGCAGGGAGGAAGCGACCACAGCUUCCUGCGCUUUCUGCCUCCGCCAGGAGAAAGAUGACCAAAAGGUGGUACUUGAAGAUAAAGACCUGGAGGUCAUUGGAGCUCCUAUCAUUAAAUAUGGUGACUCCACUGUCAUCGUUCAACAUUCUGAAACUGGGCUCUGGUUAUCUUAUAAGUCAUACGAGACCAAAAAGAAAGGUGUAGGUAAAGUAGAAGAGAAACAAGCGAUCCUACACGAAGAAGGCAAGAUGGACGACGGUCUAGACUUCUCUAGGUCUCAAGAAGAAGAAUCUAGAACGGCUAGAGUUAUCAGGAAAUGUUCUUCGCUCUUCACCAAGUUUAUUAAUGGCCUUGAAACCUUACAAGAGAACAGACGGCACUCGAUGUUUUUCGCGUCGGUUAAUUUGGGAGAAAUGGUCAUGUGCCUUGAGGAUCUGAUCAACUAUUUUGCACAGCCCGAAGAAGAUAUGGAACACGAAGAAAAACAAAACAGAUUUCGCGCUCUCCGCAAUCGUCAAGACUUGUUCCAAGAAGAGGGUAUUCUAAAUUUGAUUUUGGAAGCUAUAGACAAAAUAAACGUGAUUACGUCACAAGGAUUCCUCGCUGGAUUUUUGGCGGGAGACGAGUCUGGACAGAGCUGGGAUAUGAUUUCGGUUUAUCUUUAUCAAUUGCUUGCUGCUAUCAUCAAGGGCAAUCACACAAAUUGUGCUCAAUUUGCCAAUUCGAACCGCUUGAACUGGUUGUUUUCACGUCUCGGUUCGCAAGCGUCAGGUGAAGGCACUGGAAUGUUGGAUGUAUUACAUUGCGUUCUAAUUGACUCCCCUGAAGCUUUGAACAUGAUGCGGGACGAGCACAUAAAAGUGAUCAUAUCUCUUCUCGAAAAGCACGGUCGCGACCCCAAAGUGUUGGACGUGCUGUGCUCGCUCUGCGUCGGUAACGGGGUGGCUGUGAGAUCCUCGCAGAAUAACAUUUGUGACUACCUGCUGCCCGGGAAGAAUCUGUUGCUACAGACGCAAUUGGUGGACCACGUGUCUAGUGUCCGUCCGAACAUCUUCGUUGGACGUGUAGAGGGAUCGGCGGUGUACCAGAAAUGGUACUUCGAAGUGACCAUGGACCAUAUCGAGAAGACGACCCAUAUGAUGCCACACUUGCGAAUCGGUUGGGCGAAUACCACUGGGUAUGUCCCAUACCCCGGUGGGGGUGAGAAGUGGGGCGGAAAUGGCGUUGGGGACGAUUUAUAUUCAUUCGGUUUUGAUGGUGCAUACCUCUGGUCUGGGGGACGCAAAACUCCGGUUAAUAGAACACAUUCCGAAGAACCGUUUAUUAGAAAAGGUGACGUCAUUGGCUGUGCACUAGACUUAACCGUGCCUAUUAUAAACUUUAUGUUCAACGGAGUGCGAGUAACUGGUUCAUUCACUAACUUCAACCUGGAAGGAAUGUUCUUCCCGGUCAUGAGCUGCUCUAGCAAGUUGAGUUGCCGUUUCCUGCUCGGAGGGGAACAUGGCAGACUGCGCUACGCAGCGCCAGAAGGCUACUCGCCGCUAGUAGAAUCUCUGCUACCACAACAGAUACUGAGUCUGGAGCCUUGCUUCUAUUUUGGUAACUUGGCCAAGCGUGCGUUGGCCGGUCCUCCUUUGGUGCAGGAUGACACUGCGUUUGUGCCCACCCCCGUGGAUACUGCUUCCAUAUCACUGCCGUCGUAUAUAGAACAAAUCCGAGACAAACUCGCUGAAAACAUUCACGAAAUGUGGGCUAUGAAUAAGAUAGAAGCAGGUUGGAUGUAUGGAGAUCAAAGGGAUGACUUGCACAAAAUCCAUCCGUGCUUGGUUCCCUUCGAACGACUCCCACCAGCUGAGAAGAGAUACGACAUACAACUUGCUGUGCAAACACUUAAGACUAUUUUAGCACUAGGCUACUACAUAAGUCUUGAUAAACCUCCAGCGAGGAUCCGCAACGUCAGAUUGCCUAAUGAACCUUUUAUGCAGUCAAACGGCUACAAACCAGCGCCACUGGACCUCAGCGCCGUGACGCUAACUCCGAAAAUGGAUGAACUGGUGGACCAGCUCGCUGAGAACACACACAACUUGUGGGCCAGGGAGAGGAUCCAGCAAGGCUGGACUUAUGGGCUCAAUGAGGACCCCGACAUGAACAGGUCCCCCCAUUUAGUCCCAUACCCCAAAGUGGACGACGCUAUUAAGAAGGCGAACAGAGACACCGCAUCGGAAACUGUUCGCACUUUACUAGUGUAUGGGUACAAUUUGGACCCACCCACUGGGGAACAGCAUGAAGCUCUAUUGGCUGAGGCGUCCAAGCAAAAACAAGCCGAUUUCAGAACGUACAGAGCUGAGAAGAACUACGCAGUUAGUUCUGGAAAAUGGUACUUCGAGUUUGAAAUUCUCACGGCUGGACCUAUGAGAGUUGGUUGGGCCCAUGCUGAUAUGCCCCCAGGUAUGAUGUUGGGACAAGACGAAAACUCAUGGGCCUUCGACGGAUACAACUCGCUAAAAUGGCACGGCGGCACAAGCGACACAUUCGGGCAGCAACUGAAAGUGGGCGAUAUUGUCGCCUGUUUCUUAGACGUUACCGACCAAACCAUUAGUUUCUCACUUAACGGUGAGUUGCUGAUGGAUGCUCUUGGUGGAGAGACAACAUUCGCUGAUGUUCAGGGUGAUAACUUUGUACCAGCUUGCACGCUUGGUGUUGGACAGAAGGCUAGAUUGUCAUAUGGACAAGACGUUAACUCUCUGAAGUAUUUCACAACGUGUGGUCUACAGGAGGGCUAUGAGCCUUUCUGUGUUAACAUGAAACGUGACGUCACCCACUGGUACACCAAGGACCAGCCGAUAUUCGAGAACACGGAUGAAAUGAUCGACACCAGGAUCGAUGUUACUAGAAUACCAGCUGGAUCUGAUACACCACCAUGCCUCAAAAUUUCCCACAAUACCUUCGAAACCAUGGAGAAAGCCAAUUGGGAGUUCUUACGACUCUCGCUGCCUGUUAUUUGUCAUGCCGAGUUUAUUGAUGAAUCGGAGAAACAGCGGCGUUGGGUUGAAAUCAAGGAGAGACAGCAAAUGCUGAUGAAGGAAGCGACGGAAGCCCAGAUGCCGGCUCAUAUUGAUCAAAUAAUGCGGAGUGGGUUCACUAUGAAUGAUAUUAAAGGUCUCCACUACGACGAAAACCAGGAAGACGUGAAAGUGAAGCGUCAACCUUCGAGACCGCCACGAAAGGGAUCCAUAACUCGCACCGUGACCAUACAAAAUUACAAUUUGCAACCAGGUCAAAAUGGCAUGCAUCGAUCCACGAGUGAAGCGGAAAUGGCGAAGUAUGAACUGGGAGUACAAAAUGUUCAAGAAGAUAAGAAAGACAAACGUGGACGAUCGCCUUUUAAAUUCUUCAGGAGCAAACGAGGAGAGAGUGGGGAUAGAGGCAAAUCCAGAAAAUCGAAAACACCAGAAGCCUUCACAGACACCGAGGUUUCACCGGACAGAGGCUUGGCUAGACGACCCAACCCACAAAUACGCAUUUCUCAGGCAAAUCAGAGAUAUAACAUGCAAGGUAGAAGUAAUGGGAACACGUACGGCAGCCAGAGUGGCUUGAACACUAACUUGACGGUGGCCACACCAACCCAAGAACGCAAGCAAAUGACGACCACAAACCUCGCGGCGUCCACCACGGAGACGGUCGGCAAUGAGAUCUUCGAUGCUGAGUGCUUAAAACUCAUUAAUGAAUACUUCUACGGUGUUAGAAUUUUUCCCGGUCAAGAUCCAACGCACGUGUACAUAGGCUGGGUGACAACGCAGUACCACUUGCAUUCGAAGGACUUCAAUCAGAACAAAGUCACUAAAUCCUCUGUCAUCAUUACCGAUGAUUAUGAUAGGGUUAUAGAAAGUGUAAACCGCCAAUCGUGUUACGUAGUCCGAGCAGAUGAGUUAUACAACGAAGUAAUGGCGGAAGCCACGGCCAAAGGCGCUUCUCAGGGCAUGUUCAUUGGAUGUUCUGUGGAUACUUCCACUGGAACUGUCGCUUUUACAUGUGAAGGGAAAGAUACUAGCUUUAAAUUUAAGAUGGAGCCAGAAACAAAGCUCUUCCCAGCUAUUUUCGUAGAAGCAACAUCAAAGGAAAUACUCCAAAUAGAACUAGGCAGAUCUUCUACCAGUUUACCGCUAAGUGCCGCCGUGCUACCUACGAGUGAUAAACAUGUGAUACCACAGUUCCCGCCCAGGCUUAAAGUGCAAUGCUUGAAACCUCACCAAUGGGCCAGAGUCCCAAAUCAAUCACUACAAGUUCAUGCACUGAAGCUCUCUGACAUCCGCGGUUGGUCCAUGUUGUGUGAAGACGCGGUGUCUAUGUUAGCUCUACAUAUACCAGAGGAGGAUCGUUGCAUAGACAUCCUGGAGCUGAUAGAAAUGGACAAACUUCUAAGCUUCCACUCGCACACUCUGACGCUAUAUGCUGCUUUGUGCUAUCAGAGUAAUUACAGAGCUGCGCAUGCGCUGUGCCAGCACGUGGACCAGAAGCAGCUGCUGUACGCGAUCCAGUCGCAGUACAUGUCGGGCCCGCUGCGGCAGGGCUUCUACGACCUGCUCAUCGCGCUGCACCUCGAGUCGCACGCCACCACCAUGGAGGCGUGCAAGAACGAGUUUGUCAUUCCCUUGGGUCCAGAGCUGAAGGCGCUGUACGAGGAUCCCGAGAUGUGCCACAGUCUGCGCUCCUUGCAAACCGAGAGUGUCCGACCUCAGAUGAACAUGACCAAUAUCGCGGAAAACAUAUCGGACAUCAGCAAUCUGUAUUCCCCGUACUUCCCGCUGGAGGUCGUGAGAUCCUUCGUCAUGCAGGCGCUCGCUGAGGCCGUAGAGACCAACCAGGUUCACAACCGAGACCCAGUGGGAGGAAGCAACGAGAAUCUGUUCUUACCUCUUAUAAAGCUUGUGGAUAGACUGCUUUUGGUGGGAAUGAUGAGAGACGAAGACGUGGAAAAACUACUCAUCAUGAUCAAUCCUGAGACAUGGGAUCCCACUUUUGAUAAAGAGGGUAAAGACGAGCACCGAAAGGGUUUGCUGCACAUGAAGAUGGCGGAAGGCGCCAAGCUGCAGAUGUGCUACCUGCUGCAGCACCUGAACGACAUCCAGCUGCGGCACCGCGUCGAGUCCAUCAUUGCGUUCGCGCACGACUUCGUCGGCGACCUGCAGUCCGAUCAGCUGAGACGUUACACAGAGAUCAAACAGUCAGAUCUCCCGAGUGCGGUGGCUGCUAAGAAGACGAGGGAGUUCCGUUGUCCUCCCAGGGAACAGAUGAACGCUAUACUUAGCUUCAAGCACCUGGAGGAGGAGGACAAGGAGAACUGCCCGUGCGGGGAGGAGCUGAUCGCGCGCAUGAACGACUUCCACGACACGCUCAUGAGCCACGUGUCGCUCAGCGCGCUGCAGGAGCCGGACUCCGACCAGACAUCAGAACCGGAAGUAAAACGGGGAGCGUUCGGAAAACUGUACAAUAUCAUCAACACUGUUAAAGAAUUAGAAGAGGAACCAAAGGAAGAAACAGAAACUGUUGUUGAAGAGGCCAUCGAAGAGGAACCAAGGAAAACGCCAGAAGAGAAGUUCCGCAAAGUGUUGAUACAGACGAUAGUUAACUGGGCGGAGGAGUCGCAGAUCGAAACUCCCAAACUUGUCAGGGAAAUGUUUAGUCUCCUGGUCCGCCAGUACGACGCAGUGGGCGAACUGAUCCGAGCCCUGGAGAAGACGUACGUCAUCAACGCGAAGACGAAGCUGGACGUGGCGGAGAUGUGGGUGGGGCUGAGCCAGAUCCGCGCGCUGCUGCCCGUGCAGAUGAGCCAGGAGGAGGAGGAGCUCAUGCGGAAGAGGCUCUGGAAACUUGUCAACAACCACACGUUCUUCCAGCACCCUGAUUUAAUUAGGGUGUUGCGCGUGCACGAGAACGUAAUGGCGGUGAUGAUGAACACGCUGGGGCGGCGCGCGCAGGCGCAGUCCGACGCGCCCGCCGCCUCGCCGCCCACGCCCGAGGACAAGGAGAAGGACACCUCCCACGAGAUGGUGGUGGCCUGCUGCCGCUUCCUCUGCUACUUCUGCCGCACCGGGCGCCAGAACCAGAAGGCGAUGUUCGACCACUUCGACUUCCUACUGGAGAACUCCAACAUCCUGCUGUCCAGACCCUCGCUGAGGGGAUCCACUCCGCUGGACGUAGCGUACUCCAGCUUGAUGGAAAACACUGAAUUGGCGCUGGCUUUGAGAGAGCACUACUUAGAGAAGAUAGCAGUGUACCUCUCCCGCUGCGGGCUGCAGAGCAACUCCGAGCUGGUGGAGAAGGGUUACCCAGAUCUGGGCUGGGAUCCCGUGGAAGGUGAAAGGUACCUGGACUUCUUGAGGUUCUGCGUUUGGGUGAACGGCGAGAGCGUGGAGGAGAACGCGAACCUGGUGAUCCGGCUGCUGAUCCGGCGGCCGGAGUGCCUCGGGCCGGCGCUGCGCGGCGAGGGCGAGGGGCUGCUGAAGGCCAUCGUGGACGCCAACCGGAUGAGCGAGCGCAUCGCCGACCGCACCAAGCUGCGCGACCUCGAGGCCGAGGGCGACGUCAGCUUCAGCCACCCGCUCCCCGAGUCGGACGAGGACGAGGACUACAUCGACACGGGCGCCGCCAUCUUGAACUUCUACUGUACUCUCGUCGACUUGUUGGGCAGAUGUGCGCCGGAUGCUGCUGUUAUUGCUCUCGGCAAAAACGAAUCACUCCGAGCUCGCGCUAUCCUGCGCUCUUUAGUACCUCUCGAAGACCUACAGGGAGUGUUAAGUCUUAGGUUCACACUGAACAACCCAGCCGCUGGAGAAGAAAGACCUAAGUCUGACAUGCCCUCGGGUCUCAUACCGGGGCACAAGCAGAGCGUCGGUCUGUUCCUGGAGAGGGUGUACGGGAUCGAGACUCAGGAGCUCUUCUAUCGGCUUCUGGAGGAGGCUUUCUUGCCCGACUUGCGAGCUGCUACCAUGCUGGACAGGAACGACGGGUGCGAGUCGGACAUGGCGCUGUCGAUGAACCGCUACAUCGGCAACUCCAUCCUGCCGCUGCUGAUCAAGCACGCCAACUUCUACAACGAGGCCGAGAACUACGUCAGCUUGCUCGACGCCACGCUGCACACUGUUUAUAGGCUGUCGAAGAACCGCAUGCUGACGAAGGGGCAGCGCGAGGCGGUGUCGGACUUCCUGGUGGCGCUGACGGCCGCCAUGCAGCCCGCCAUGCUGCUCAAGCUGCUGCGCAAGCUCACCGUCGACGUGUCGCGCCUCUCCGAGUACACCACCGUCGCGCUCCGGCUGCUGACGCUGCACUACGAGCGCUGCGCCAAGUACUACGGCAGCACGGGCGGGCAGGGCGCGUACGGCGCGUCCUCGGACGAGGAGAAGCGGCUCACCAUGAUGCUCUUCUCCAACAUAUUCGACUCGCUCAGCAAGAUGGACUACGAGCCGGAGCUCUUCGGCAAGGCGCUGCCCUGCUUGAUCGCUAUCGGUUGUGCUCUACCACCCGACUACUCUCUGUCUAAGAACUAUGAUGAUGAAUUCUACGCAAAGGAUACUCAAGCCACGGGCGCGGACAACCCGCAGUACGACCCGCAGCCGAUCAACACGUCGUCGGUGGCGCUCAACAACGACCUCAACACCAUCGUGCAGAAGUUCUCCGAACAUUACCACGACGCUUGGGCGUCUAGGAAAAUCGAAAAUGGUUGGGUGUACGGCGAAUCUUGGUCAGACAGCCAGAAGACACAUCCGCGACUCAAGCCUUACAAUAUGCUUAACGAUUAUGAGAAGGAGCGCUACAAGGAGCCGGUGCGCGAGUCGCUGAAGGCUCUGCUCGCCAUCGGCUGGUCGGUGGAGCACUCCGACGUGGACAUCCCCUCCAACAACCGCUCCUCCAUGCGCCGCCAGUCCAAGAGCGGCAUCAGAACCCCAGAUAUAUUGGACUCGGCCACGCCGUUCAACUACAACCCGCACCCGGUGGACAUGACCAACCUCACGCUCUCGCGCGAGAUGCAGAACAUGGCGGAGCGGCUCGCGGAGAACGCGCACGACAUAUGGGCCAAGAAGAAGAAGGAGGAGCUGGUCACUAAUGGCGGUGGCAUCCACCCCCAACUAGUUCCAUACGACCUCCUCACGGACAAAGAGAAGAAGAAAGAUCGAGAACGUUCUCAGGAGUUCCUUAAAUACCUCCAGUACCAAGGCUACAAGUUGCACCGGCCCAGCAAGGCGACGCAGAGUGAUACGGAACAGACCUCUACGGGCGUCGCAAUAGAGCUCAGAUUCGCGUACUCGUUGCUCGAGAAGUUAAUACAAUAUAUUGAUAGAGCGACAAUUAAUAUGAAGCUAUUGAAACCGUCUACAACGUUCAGUAGACGCUCCAGCUUUAAGACUAGCACGAGGGAUAUUAAGUUCUUCUCGAAGGUGGUAUUGCCAUUGAUGGAGAAGUAUUUCUCCACACAUCGCAACUACUUCAUCGCGGUGGCAACAGCUACCAACAAUGUUGGAGCGGCGAGUUUGAAGGAGAAGGAAAUGGUCGCUGCGCUGUUUUGUAAACUGGCCAGCUUGCUGAGAUCUCGAUUGGCAGCCUUCGGCCCCGACGUGCGCAUAACAGUGCGUUGCUUGCAAGUGCUGGUGAAGGGAAUAGACGCCAAGUCCCUCGUCAAGAACUGCCCGGAGUUCAUUAGGACGUCCAUGUUGACCUUCUUCAAUAACCUGGCUGAUGAUUUGGGUCAUACUAUAUUGAAUUUACAGGAGGGUAAAUACGCCCACUUGCGAGGCACUCACCUCAAGACCUCCACAUCGCUGGGCUACAUCAACGGGGUUCUGCUCCCGGUACUGACGGCCAUGUUCGACCACUUGGCCAAUUGCGAGUACGGCGCUGAUUUGCUUUUGGACGAGAUUCAAGUAGCAUCGUAUAAGAUGCUGGGAUCCCUGUACACUCUGGGCACAGACGUGUCUCUGACGCACGACCGUAAAUAUCUCAAAACUGAGAUAGAGAGACACAAACCUGCAUUGGGUUCAUGUUUGGGCGCGUUCAGUUCCACAUUCCCGGUGGCGUUCCUGGAGCCUCACCUCAACAAACACAACCAGUUCUCGUUGUUGAACCGCAUUGCUGACCAUUCCCUGGAAGCUCAAGACAUAAUGGCCAAGAUGGAGCAAUCCAUGCCCACGCUGGAGACGAUCCUCAACGAAGUGGACCAAUUCGUGGAGUCGGACAAGACGUACAACGAGGCGCCUCACAUCAUCGACGUGGUGAUGCCUCUGCUGUGCUCCUACCUGCCGUUCUGGUGGGCCCAGGGGCCCGACAAUGUCACACCUACUGGAGGGAACCACGUGACCAUGGUGACGGCGGAGCACAUGAACCAGCUGCUGAAGAACGUGCUGAAGCUGAUCAAGAAGAACAUCGGCAACGAGAGCGCGCCGUGGAUGACGCGCAUCGCCACCUACACGCAGCAGAUCAUCGUCAACAGCUCCGAGGAGCUGCUGCGGGACGCCUUCCUGCCGCUCGCCGAGCGCGUGCGCAGGCGCACCGACAACAUGUUCCACAAGGAGGAGAGCCUGCGCGGCUUCAUCAAGUCAUCGACAGACGACACGUCCCAAGUGGAGUCGCAAAUACAAGAAGACUGGCAACUCUUGGUGCGAGACAUCUACUCGUUCUACCCGCUGCUGAUCAAGUAUGUGGACUUGCAGAGGAACCACUGGCUGAGGAAUAAUGUGCCUGAGGCGGAAGAGCUUUACAACCACGUGGCCGAAAUAUUCAACAUCUGGUCCAAGAGCCAGUACUUCCUCAAGGAGGAGCAGAACUUCAUAUCGGCCAACGAGAUCGACAACAUGGUGUUGAUAAUGCCCACAGCGACUAGACGAGUGACUACGAUUGUCGAUGGCACUCCCCAAGGUGGCGGAAAGCAGAAGAAGAAGAAGCACCGCGACAAGAAGCGCGACAAGGACAAGGAGGUGCAGGCGUCGCUGAUGGUGGCGUGCCUCAAGCGGCUGCUGCCCGUCGGCCUCAACCUGUUCGCCGGCCGCGAGCAGGAGCUCGUGCAACACUGCAAGGACCGCUUCCUGAAGAAAAUGUCAGAACAAGACGUAGCGGAAUUCGCGAAGACCCAACUAACAUUGCCAGAUAAGAUAGACCCGGCGGACGAGAUGUCCUGGCAACACUAUCUGUACAGCAAGCUCGGCUCCAAGAGCAAGACGGCGAUAACCGUCGACACGGCGGAGAACAAGGCGAAGAUCAUCGACGAUACUGUGGAGAGGAUCGUUGCUAUGAGCAAAGUGCUCUUCGGUUUGCAUAUGAUUGACCACCCUCAACAAAUGAGUAAGAACGUGUACCGUUCGGUCGUGUCCAUCCAACGGAAGCGAGCCGUUAUCGCGUGUUUCAGACAAACUUCGCUGCAUUCUUUACCAAGGCAUAGAGCAUGUAACAUCUUCGCAAGGACUUACUACGAGCUGUGGUUGGAGGAAGAGAAUAUUGGCCAAGAAGUUAUGAUAGAGGAUCUGACGCAAUCGUUCGAAGACGCAGAAUUAAAGAAGAGCGACGUGGUAGAAGAAGAAGGCAAGCCGGAUCCGUUGACUCAACUCGUCACAACAUUCUGCCGCGGUGCUAUGACUGAGCGGUCGGGCGCUUUACAGGAGGACCCGUUGUACAUGUCGUACGCGCACAUAAUAGCGCGCUCGUGCGGCGAGGAGGAGGAGGAGGGAGGCGACGAGGAGGAGGCUGCCGAGCCCGAGCCGGAGGACGAGGGCAAGUCCAGCAUCCGCGAGCAAGAGAUGGAAAAGCAAAAGCUAUUGUUCCACCAAGCGCGCCUCGCCGACCGCGGCGUCGCCGAGAUGGUGUUGCUGCACAUUUCCGCUUCCAAAGGUGUCCCUAGCGAUAUGGUGAUGAAGACACUGCAGUUGGGCAUAUCCAUUUUGAGGGGAGGCAACAUCGAUAUACAGAUGGGAAUGUUAAAUCACCUGAAAGACAAGAAGGACGUGGGUUUCUUCACUUCCAUCGCCGGUCUCAUGAACUCCUGUUCAGUUCUCGAUUUGGACGCUUUUGAGAGAAAUACCAAAGCAGAAGGUCUGGGCGUGGGGCUGGAGGGCGCGGCGGGAGAGAAGAACAUGCACGACGCGGAGUUCACCUGCGCGCUCUUCCGGUUCAUACAGCUCACGUGUGAGGGACACAAUUUGGAAUGGCAGAACUACCUCCGUACGCAAGCCGGCAACACCACCACCGUGAACGUGGUCAUCUGCACUGUGGACUACCUGCUGAGGUUGCAAGAAUCCAUCAUGGACUUCUACUGGCAUUACUCCAGCAAGGAGUUAAUAGACCCAGCGGGAAAAGCUAACUUCUUCAAAGCAAUCGGCGUCGCGUCGCAAGUGUUCAACACUCUCACUGAGGUCAUCCAGGGGCCGUGCACCCAGAACCAACAGGCCUUGGCGCAUUCCAGGUUGUGGGACGCGGUGGGCGGUUUCCUGUUCCUGUUCUCGCACAUGCAGGACAAGCUGUCUAAGCAUUCGUCGCAAGUGGACCUGCUGAAGGAGCUCCUCAACCUGCAGAAGGACAUGAUCACCAUGAUGCUGUCCAUGCUCGAGGGGAAUGUUGUUAAUGGUACAAUCGGCAAACAGAUGGUGGACACGCUGGUAGAGUCGGCAUCCAACGUGGAGCUAAUCCUGAAGUACUUCGACAUGUUCCUGAAGCUGAAGGACCUCACGUCCAGCGCGAGCUUCAAGGAGAUCGACACCAACAACGACGGCUGGGUGCUGCCCAAGGACUUCAAGGAGAAGAUGGAGCAGCAGAAGAGCUACACGCCGGAAGAGAUCGAGUUCCUGCUGGCCUGCUGCGAGACCAACCACGACGGCAAGCUGGACUACGUCGGCUUCUGCGACCGCUUCCACGAGCCCGCCAAGGAGAUCGGCUUCAACUUGGCCGUCCUCCUGACCAACUUGUCCGAGCACAUGCCCAACGAGCCUAGACUGGCCCGUUUCCUGGAAACUGCCGGGUCGGUGCUGAACUACUUCGAGCCGUUCCUCGGCCGCAUCGAGAUCAUGGGCGGCUCCAAGCGGAUCGAGCGGGUCUACUUCGAGAUUAAGGAGUCCAAUAUUGAGCAGUGGGAGAAACCGCAGAUUAAGGAAUCAAAGCGGGCGUUCUUCUACAGCAUAGUGACGGAAGGCGGCGACAAAGAGAAGCUGGAGGCGUUCGUGAACUUCUGCGAAGACGCCAUCUUCGAGAUGACCCACGCGUCCGGCCUCAUGGCCGCGUCCGAGGAGUCUGCGAGCGGGCCCAAGAACAGAGAGGCCGCCUACACCUAUAUGGGUGAUGAUGAUGAUGAACGAGCCGGCAAAGACCCGUUCCGUCGCGGCUACCAAUCCGUGAAGGACGGAAUCUCGGCGGCAUUCUCGUCCUUAUCGCCCGCCAACAUAAAGGCCAAAAUCGUGGACCUGCAGCAGAUGCCGCCCGCUGAACUGUUCAUUGGCUUCUUUAAACUCUUCUUCUAUUUGUUCUAUUAUAUAGGAUAUGGAUUUGUUAUUGUUAUAAGGUACAUAUUCGGCGUGCUGCUGGGGCUGAUGCGCGGGCCGCAGGUGGAGGAGGCGCCGCCGGAGCCGGAGGAGGAGGAGAAAAUCGGUCAGUUCAAACACAGGUUGAUGCAAAGUCCGACUCGUCACUUGCCAGCGUUACCAUCAGCGGACGAUACCGGACAGAUGCAAGUGUCCGCUUUCGGUCUAGAUAUAACUAAAGAAGAUAAUGGCCAGAUCCAAGUGAAAGCGCACGAGUCGCCGAGCGCGUCGACGCCGUCGAGCGGCGAGGAGGCGGACGCGGCGCCCGACGACGCGCCCGACACCGACGAGCCGCAGCCGCCCUCGCUCAUCGACCUGCUCGGUGGCGAACAAGCGAAGAAACAGGCACAAGAACGUAUCGAGGCGCAAGCUGCACAGCAAGCCGCUAUGUCGGCCAUUGAAGCUGAAAGCAAAAAGGCGGUACAAGUACCAGCCCCGUCCGCCCUGUCGCAAGUAGACCUGUCCCAAUACACGAAGCGCGCGGUAUCGUUUUUGGCGCGAAACUUCUACAACCUGAAGUACGUCGCGCUCGUGCUCGCCUUCUGUAUCAACUUCGUGCUGCUUUUCUAUAAGGUAUCGACUCCAGACAGUGACAAGGGCGAAGGAUCAGGAAUUGGAGACAUCAUCAGCGGUUCCGGCUCUGGAGGUGGUUCCGGUAGUGGGGAUGGAAGCGGCGAAGCGGAAGACGACGAAAGCCUGGAAGUGGUGCAAAUAGACGAGGACUUCUUCUAUAUGGAACACGUGAUCAAGAUGGCAGCCAUGUUGCACUCCGUCGUGUCGCUCGCCAUACUCAUCGGAUACUACCACCUUAAGGUGCCUCUAGCAAUAUUCAAGCGAGAGAAGGACAUCGCGCGCAGGCUGGAGUUCGACGGUCUGUACAUCGCGGAGCAGCCCGAGGACGACGACCUGAAGAGCCACUGGGACAAGCUCGUCAUAUCCGCCAAAUCAUUCCCCGUGAACUACUGGGACAAGUUCAUAAAGAAGAAAGUGCGGGCCAAAUAUUCAGAGACUUACGACUUCGACUCUAUCUCCAACAUGCUCGGAAUGGAGAAGACUUCUUUCUCCGCUAAAGAGGACGAGGGAAGCAAGGGGCUGUUGCACUACAUAAUAAACAUCGACUGGCGCUACCAAGUGUGGAAGGCCGGCGUGACCAUCACCGACAACUCUUUCCUCUACUCGCUCUGGUACUUCAGCUUCUCCGUGAUGGGCAACUUCAACAACUUCUUCUUCGCCGCCCACUUGCUGGACGUAGCCGUUGGUUUUAAAACGCUGAGAACCAUUUUGCAGUCUGUCACGCAUAAUGGGAAACAGCUGGUGCUGACGGUGAUGCUGCUGACGAUCAUCGUGUACAUCUACACAGUGAUCGCGUUCAACUUCUUCCGCAAGUUCUACGUGCAGGAGGAGGACGAUGAGGUUAACAGGAACUGCCAUGACAUGCUGACGUGCUUCGUGUUCAACCUGUACAAGGGCGUGCGCGCGGGCGGCGGCAUCGGCGACGAGCUGGAGCCGCCCGACGGGGACGACUCCGAGGUCUACCGCAUCAUCUUCGACAUCUCCUUCUUCUUCUUCGUCAUCAUCAUCCUGCUCGCCAUUCUGCAGGGUUUGAUCAUCGACGCGUUCGGAGAGCUCCGCGACCAGCUGGAGUCGGUGAAGGAGGACAUGGAGUCCAACUGCUUCAUAUGCGGCAUCAAUAAGGACUACUUUGAUAAGGUGCCGCACGGGUUCGACACGCACGUCCAGCGAGAGCACAAUCUCGCCAACUACAUGUUCUUCCUGAUGCAUCUCAUUAACAAACCCGACACCGAGUAUACUGGACAAGAGACGUUCGUAUGGAACAUGUACACACAAAGAUGCUGGGACUUCUUCCCUGUCGGAGACUGCUUCCGGAAACAGUACGAAGACGUGAUGGGCGAAUAGUUCUCUUUCACUCUUACCGCGAGUAAGAGAGACGGAUAUACUGUUUGAAAUAGCCUUAAGAUUGCUCAACAGUAACACCAAUUUGUGACCACUUUAAUAGCAAUAAACUUCUCUGUACAUAGAUAAAAAAUCUGUUUGUCACGUGUCAAGUUUUUUCUAUUACAAAAUUUGGAGGGAAAUUUGAAAUGUCAACAUUCUUCUAGAAAAUUUUAUUGUAUGUUAAAAAUCAUAUAACUCUAACUUUGAAUUGUAAAUAAGUGUAUUGGAUAUUAUAGCGAUGUUGACAAAUUGCUAUUUUCGUGGUACUUUCGAUGUUUAAGCUUGUCUUAGAUAUUUUAAACAAUGUUUUUUAAAAAUAAGGUGGCCUUUCCAAGUUUUCUAUUUUAACUUUUUCGAUAUAGUCUAUGUAAGAAUAUAAUGCGCGUUGAAU